ACAUUCCUCUCACCCUCUUCCAGCACUAGCUCUCACAUCGCAUUCUCUACUGACAGCUCCCCUGGUCCAAUGGAGGAGGAAGCGUCGGCAGAGCUGAUCAGCCCCAGGAUCUCCUUCUCCCACGACCUCGCCACCUUCGCAGCAACGGCGACCACAUGUCCGACCACGCCAAGCCGGUCAGACACGUCGUCGUUCCUCAUGUCGCGCCGGCGCCGGCGCCUCCCGGCCGAGCCGGAGUUCGACUUUGCCAACGCGGCCGCGGCCGACGUCGCGCCGGCCGACCGCCUCUUCGCCGACGGCAAGCUGCUCCCGGUGCCGCCUCUGCCGCCCACCCCACACGCGCGGCUCAAGCAGCCCCAACCACCGGCGUGGCAGAAGACGACAAGGCCGCCGGCAGUGCGCUCGUGGGGGUCUCCGUUCGCGCGCAGCAGCAGCGUCAACUCCGCCACCACGGCGACGUCCGGGGGACGGUUCACCUGCCCCGCGUUCCCGCUCAUGCGGAGCCAGUCCGCCGGUGCUGGCCACCGCCCGCACUGCAAGAAAGUCGCUCCGGCAACGGCGACGGCCGCGGCGCCCGGUGUUCACAGCGGCGGCGGCGGUGGUGGGAGGUCGGUUUACUACUAUGGUUAUGGGGGUGGUGGUUCGAGCCGUGGUGGUGGCGGGGUGAGGGUGAGCCCGGUCCUGAGCGUGACGUCCAUCGGCAGCAGCGUGGUGAACAUGCUGAGCUACCUGCUCUGCGACUGCGGCGAGAUCAAGGGCGCCAAGAGCAGGGGGAUCGCGGUGUAAGCUGCUGGGUAACCAGGUAGUGGUAGCGCACUCGAUCGUUGCUGAUUGUUGCUCGAUCAUCCACCUGUCAACGCGCGUGCAUGGUUGCUUGUAAGUAAGAUCACAGAAUUAAUCCAUGUAAACUGUGAUCGGUCGACCCAACUAAUGAAGUUAUUAGUAAUUGUGAGUUGGUGGUGA